GGCCCAUGAAGCCCAUGCAUCUCCCGCUCGAGCUCGUGCUCAACGUCAUCACUUGCUCGCUCCCAAAGCCGAACGUCCUCCUCACUCCUUCUCAUCCGAUCACGCAGCUGCUCUAUAGCUUCGCGCUGGUCUGCAAGGAGACUCGCCGAGUGGCCAACCGCUAUCUGCGUCAACAUUGUCUCUACCUGUCGUCCGAGUUGCGUCUGCGCUCUCUUCUCUUGACUAUACCCACUCGCCCGGACCUGCGCAGCAUCACGGCCCUGUUCUUGGCGCCGUUUGGCGAAACGAUUGAUGACCAGCCUACGGCCACAUGGGUCAGGGAACUGUUCAGCUACACGUGCACGACCCUAAAGCGACUGAUCAUCGACAUUCCUCUGCGAAGUCUCUACCCGGAGCAUGACCACCUUGGUGUCCGAAACAUUCUCCGCGAGGGUUUCCAGAGGCUCGAGCAGCUUGAGGAAUUCGUCAGCGUCCGGGAUGAACUAUUCCUCGAUAUCACCUGGCAUGGCGACGAGCCGGCCUUCUGGAGGCACUGGCCCAAACUGCGUCGUCUGGCGCUCUACAAUCCCGAUACACACGCAGACUUCUGGAGAGGUGUCGCGAAGAAUCCGCAGCUAGAAACUCUCGUCUUGACACGCGCUGACGGGCUGCGGGACGUCAACAUCAAAGCAGAGUACUUCCAACGCGCUAGCCGGCCUCUUAAGGUCUUGCUCAUCAACGUCGAGGAUGACCAGGUCCGAUUCGGAAACAUGCGACGGUUUGCUUGGGAUGCGGUGGAUCCGAAGAUGAAGAUGACCAUUGCGACCUACAACGUUCCUCUCUUUGAAGAGGAGAACCCGAUAGAGGGUUGCCAAGAGUACGUCAAGACGGGGGCGGAGCAUGGGACACUGUGGGAUUGGGAGGGAGAGAUCAUCCAACACCCCCCGAGGAUUGUCCAGCAGGUCCCUUCUGGGGCUUGAGGUGGUGAGAGUUCAGAACAUGGUAGGAGGGCGCGCAAGUAAUCGAAGCUGGUCGAAAGGCAAAGGUAGCGAGAGAUGGUCCAGAGCAGAUGCAGAACGACUGUAUUCAAGGACAAACUGGGUAUUCGGUAUCAUGGACUGCACCCCUAUCGCGCGUCGUCGUUCGCGAUCCCACUCCUCGCUUCCUAGCUCCACCCCAGUAUCAAACAGGACAUUGAUCAAACUGCAACGCGGUUAGCUCCCGUUCCAUCAAUUUUGCAAUGAUUGAAGUCCUCACCUCCCCACGUAUCACGCACUCAUCUAAUGAGCAACCGGCUGAGCAGGC